AUCAACCAACCCACCACAUCGUAUAAUAUGUCAAAUUGUGACAAAUGAUGAGAGGAACAAAGCAGAAACUAAUACUAUAAUCAAUAUUCUGCCAUUAAAUUUGAUUAAAAUAUCAUAAAAUAUAAAAAUGCAUGACGAACAUUUACGUUUUGGUAAUCUCCAUCAUAUGAGAAACCUUGUGGUGUAUAAAAUAUCCCCAUACCAUUUGAAAAUGGUACCUUCAUUACGAAUCGGAAAUUUGUUAAGAAGAAUCGUCCAAGAAGCACCUUGGAUUCUGCCACCGUUUUCUUUGGGCUAUUUACUCUAUUAUUCUAUGGAUCGUUUACAUGAACGAAUAUCACGAAAACAACCAGGAGAAUUUGAUCAUGAAGAAGAUUUAGAAUCAGAAGUAUGCGAAUGUUGCACUACCGAGCAAGAAAAUGAAAAUAAUAAUGAAAAUGAUGAAUGUGAUUAACAAAUUCAUUAUUCAUUACAUACUUUUCUGUAUUAUUCUUUAUAGAAU